AUGAGGGUCCAGAGAGAAAGACUUGCAAGAGAGCAGAGCUCAUGCUCACACCCUCUCUUGGCUGGACCCCACCCCAGCCCGGGUCACAAUGGGGCUCCUCUGGGGAGGGUGAGGGGAGUGAGAGUGGGAGCUCAACUCUGGCUGCCAGGCCGUCCUGGGCGCUGCAAGAAGCAACAUGACUUAGGUGGCUCUCCUGAGGUCCCAGGCAUCUCCAGGGCUGCUCCUGCAGCUGGCCUGGCCCUCUCCCCAGGUGCACCAGCCGUGAUGCAGCAGCUGCGAGUGGAGACAGAUGCCACCGGAGCCGGUGAGGGGCCACAGCGUGCUGUGCCCUGGACGGCCUGGCUCACACGGGACAGCUGGGUGCGCUGGUGCAUGUGCCACAUGCCCCCGAGCUGGGCCCAGUGGUGGAUCACAUCGGGCUGGCGGCAGCCGCUGCAGCGUGUGCUGUGGGGUCUGGAAGGGAUCCUCUACCUGCUGCUGGCGCUGAUGCUCUGCCAUGCACUCUUCACCACCGGCUCCCACCUACUGAGCUCCCUGUGGCCCGUGGUGGCUGCAGCGUGGCGCCAUCUGCUGCCGGCUGUCCUGCUGCUGGCGCUCAGUGCCCUCCCCGCCCUGCUCUUCAUGGCCUCCUUCCUGCUGCUGUUCUCCACGCUGCUGAGCCUCGUGGGCCUCCUCACCUCCAUGUCUCACCCAGGCCUUGCUCAGGACUUGGACCAAUAG